CGUGGGAAGUCCAAAUCGUGAUCGCGAUUAAAAUUCGAUUAAUUGUGCAGCCCUACCAUGGAUGCUGUUAAAGUAAAUCAUACGACCUACAUACUGAACUCACACACCAUCUAACAGGAACAUGGUCUUUAUUGCUAGGCAUUGCAGGGCCUUGAGAAGAAUUUGGCCUGAGAACAAGCGGGGCUAGCAGCUUGUUAACCAGUGUUGGAACGUGCGCACACAUAAACACAAACCCAUCUUCUGUCAUUAUCAGCAGCCAAAUUCUUAAAGCCUACUAUUUAUUAAUUGUAGAUGAAAGAUUUUAGUCUAUGUUCACUUUCCUCCCUCUCAUUCUCUCUGUCCUUAAGGUCAGACAAAUACAGAAUAUAGUUUGUAACAUAUCAAUAUUUGGAGUAUUGAUUAUUUCAUUACUUUUAUGUUUUGAUUUCUAAAAACCUUCCAGACAGUUUCCUAUCAUCAUUCAAUGCUAAAACAUACUACAGUCUGAAAAUUUUUUUAAAUAUCAAAGCUUUGUCUUUUAUUUAGUUUUAAUAUAACUGCAUAAAAGGUAUUGUACUUGUGUUGCUGAUAUUUCUGCAUUAAAAAGAACGUAGUUCCUAGCAACAUCAACAACGAAAAAAACAGUGUUUUCAUGAAUCUAAUGGAUGCUUAUGAACAAACUUAUGACUUGUGGAAAGAAAUGUGAAGGUUUACAAGCAAUGGAAUGGUGAUUUCACUGACCGCGUUGGCAGCAGUAUCUUGUAGAGGACACACUUUCUCAUUUGAACACUUGUUAUAAUACAUUCAUGCAUAUUCCUAUAAGCGAUAUUGAUGCCAUUGUGGAUUGAGUUUUGCAAGAAGGGCAGUUUUCCAUUUUUGUCUCGUUUACUUCAACAAACCUUAACCCUGGACUCAUGGCGAACUCCUGGGUGUAUCACUCAGAAUCUGUAACUCUGUGCAUAGGGGCUCCUGUCAGAGGGGGCCGUUUGGUGUGACCCAUAAUGCUGUCUAGGAGGUCAGCAGCCACCUGAUCCAUCCUAGGAGCCGCAACUGUAGCAGUGAGAUGACAGGCCACAGUUUAACACAUGCAUAUAGAGACACACACACAACACCCCCGUGACCUCCCCCAGUCUGGACACUGUUACUCUUGCACACCUUGAAUCAAUUUUCCUGACACAUUUGGGUGGCCUGUCCUGUCCUCUACACACACCCCCAUUCUCUUUCUCUGUCAGUGUUGACGGCUUUUCUUCUUUUGAACCACUGCAGGAGGUGGACACUUCAUCUGUGCGUCCAUCUUUACUGUACAUCUGUUGGAGAGAUGGAAAGAAAACUAAGCUUUAACUGUCACGACCAGGCUUACAAACACACGCACACACACACACUUGUACACACACUGACAUGGAGGGACAAGGAGUGGUGUUCUUCAUUGCCUCACCCAGCUGAAGUCAGGUGCAGCCAGGGAAGGACAGCGUCUGGUCACGUUCACCCACAGUGCUUCAAGACACAAGGACCGAAAGAAAGAUGAACAGUUAGGCAGGCAGGCAGCAUUAUUGAAAGACAGACAGAUGGAUAAGUAACCAGGAAAAAAAAACCAGAAGGACUGACUUUUCCAUCAGCUCUUCAUCCAGCUCAUUGAAGAGAGAGACCUUGUGAGGUGAGUGCCAGUCCACUGGCCUUUGCCACUUCUUCAGGGGGAUUGUGAAAACUUCUGUCAUCCAGACAUCCACUCACACUGGAUGGAUUGAAGUCCUGCUUUUAUCCAGUCAUCUGAUUGCCAUUCAUGUGUCCAUCCAACUAAGUACCUAUCCAAAAGGACUAAAAUUGUAACCGGUUUUGCCAUCUACUCAAAUCAAAACUUAAAUCCAAAAUUUUCAUCGCCAGUACAGUUAUGUAACUAUAGAGAUGGCAACAUCUGCUGUCCACCAUUCUUUCUGUCAAUCCGUUUUUACAAAUCAGGAGAAACUGAUAGAUGUCUGGCCAUCAUUUUUUUCAUCCACCUAUUCCUUCCAUCCUAAGGCAUCAUUCCUGCCCUUCAUGCCAUCAUUUCGUCAUCAUGCAGCCUAAGAAAGUUGCUCUGUACCCAGCAGAGGAUGAGCUGGUGAGCCUGUCCACUGUCUAUGACCUCUUGGAUGAACAACAGCAUUACUACAAGGAGCUCAUCCAGCAGCAGGAGAGGAACUACAGAGCCUUCCUACAAAUGUUGAUGGACUCGUCAUCUAGCCGUAUGGACAGCCUGGUUAGAGAGAUGCAAGACCUGAGGAACUGCCUGCAGAGAAGCAAGGCUGAGCUGGCUGAGGUUAAAAAACAGGGUGUCCAGAACAGCAAACGGACUGAGUGUCUGGCUGAAGGCCUGGUGAUGGUGCGAGGGGCGCUGGAUGGCCUCAAUGUCAAAUCCGGAGUAAUUGUUGGAGGUGCAGGAGGAAGAGGUGUGGAUCUGAUGCAAAGCAGAGGAGGUGGUGGGUUAAGGCUGGAUGGAAGAAGAGGUGGAGAGGCAAAAAAACCUGCACCAAAAGCAGUGAAGCUGGUGGCAGACCUUACAGAUAUCCACUUUGAUGACAUAAAGGUUGUACCCGGAUUCACAAUCGGAGUGAAAUGUAUGGGCUAGAGCUUUUAGCAUCGCUUAAUGGUUAGAUUGUUGUUAAUGUAUGCCUUGUGGAUGGCCAUAAACUCGUGUCCCUGUUUUGAGAUAGCACGUGGUUAAUGCUGGUCGUUUGCUGCGACUAGAUGUUGGUAUAAGUGUGCUCAGGCAACCAGUCCCAAAAGUAAAAAAAUAAGCAUCUUACAGUCUAGUUUGUAUGGGUUUCUGAUCCAGAGUGCUUCUUUGUGUCUGGUUAUGGUCGUAGCACGUUACUCAUGGCACAUGGUUAUUUUAAAAGGCGUGUCCUUUAGACCAAUACUGUUUUGUUUUUUUUUAAAGGCUGGUACAGAUUAUGAGUAGUUAAUAUAACAGAUAUGUGGAACAAUUAUGGAUUUACGGUGAAAAUGAAAAUCUUUAAAUCAAAAUUAAGAUUUUGGAAUGUUACACUCCAUUGAUUGUUAAUGAUUUAAGCCAUUACUAAUAAAUUCCAAACAACAUACCAGUAAAGAUAGUGUUGUGGGUCAUUAAGUCGGACUCAGUGGUGAGUGAAACUGAGGCAGAGGGACAGACACAGAUGUCUAGCAAAGCCAAAGUAGCACACUUUUUAAUUUAUCGGUUCUCAGGCAAAGAAAACACAGAUACAGAUAAUCUGAAAACUGCUAAAAAAACGGGCCUGGUCUAUCCCUAGUGGCCUUGUUACCUGCCUCCAGUAAGUGUACUAAUUGACGUGUGGUUGUUGCACAAGUGUGAUGGCUGAGUGGCUAUGUGCUAGGAAGUAGGGUUUUUAACAUCUGGGAAGUAAAUUAUUAAUAUAUCAAUGGUCUAGAAAAUAGGUUUAUUAAAACCGAUUACUAUUUGCAUCCUGAACUUUACCUGUAAGAUUCAGCUAUUUUUGUAUUUUAAAAGUGUCAAAUUUCUUUUAUCCUUUUUUCUACUUCUGUCUUCCUUGUGUUUUUUUUUUUUUUUAGGCUGACCAACUAACAGAAGAGCAGAUUGCAG